CAGCCCGUCGCUUCACUGAGCGGGGAUUGGCCGGAAAUACUUUUUAUGGGUGGUCCCCCGUGCAAACUACGAAGCCUGAUUGGCUGAGGGGCAGGAGAGAGAAAAGGUCAAGAGAAAAACAGCGUUGACUCCGCCCAUUAAUGCGCGUGUGUUUGUGUCCGUGUUCCGGUAAUUAUACCUUUGUGAGGCCCAUAUUGAGCAUAUGUCCUUACAAAGUGAGGACAUUUUGGAAUGUGAGGACAUUUCGACCCGUCCUCACAAAUUCAGAGGGCUGUUUCAGGAAGGGGCCUUGAUUUUAAAGUUUAGGGUUAGGUUAGGAUGGGUUUAGAUUAGAAUUAGGUUAGGACUAGGUAUAGUUUAGGGUUAGAAUCCGGUUUAGGUUAGGGUUAGGUCUAGAUUGGUGUUAAAGUUCUAGUUUGUAUGGUUAAGUUCUAGGGAAUGUAUUAGGUCAAUGUGUGUCCUCCCUGAAAUAGAAGUACACUCAUGUGUGUGUUACUCAUGUUGUGGGGACCUUAAUCUGUUUACACAUUCACAUUAUGGGGACUUGUCUCCCUUAUUGGGAGAAAAAGUAAUUCCCCGUAACGUGAUUAUUGAAAUUAAAGGUGGCGACAUGUUUUAGGUUAAGGUUAGCCAAGUAGCUACCAGGUUUAUGUUUAGAAUAAAUCUCCUGAAAAUCAAUGUAGGUGAAUGUAAUGUCCUCUGAAGUCAUUCAGACUGUGUGUGUGUGUGUGUGUGUGUGUGUGUGUGUGUGUGUGUGUGUGUGAGUGUGUGCUUGUGUGUGUGCAUUCUAUCCAGAAGGGGGCAGCCUGAUCGUGGAAGUAUUACCCAUUAUUCCCUGUGGCAAGAGUAUAGAGACCUGUCUGCAAUUGGUGGUAAAGGAAGCAUGGAAACAUAUGCAGUCAUCGAAAGUAAAAGUACCUCAUUCACUUUUAUAAGGGAAGGAUGAUUUUCGCAGCGUUGAGGAGCAUUUCCAGGAACGAGGGCCAACUGUCACAUUCAGCAACUUGAAUUACUGUGUCCAGGAGACGACAUGCUGCCGCAAGAUAGGUGCUGAAAAAUACAUCCUCAAAGAUGUGAGUGGCAUCAUGAGACCUGGGAUGAACGCUAUCAUGGGUGCGACAGGAAGUGGUAAAACAUCACUUCUGGAUGUAAUAGCAGGAAGAAAAAACCCUGCCGGACUGCGCCAAGGGAUCGUCUUGGUGGAUGGAAAACCCAUAACCUCUGAACUGCGGCUUACCUCUGCCUAUGUGGUCCAGGAUGACAUCCUGAUGGGAACUCUGAGUGUGAAGGAGAAUCUGUUGUUCAGUGCAAACCUCCGCCUCAACCCAAAGCACUACUCCACCAUGGAUAAAUACAGCAAAGUAAACACCAUAAUACAAGACCUGGGCCUGACAGACUGUGCAAACACUAAGAUCGGGACCGAGUUCAUUCGCGGUGUAUCAGGAGGUGAGAGGAAGAGGUGCAGCAUCGGGAUGGAGCUCAUCACUUCUCCUUCACUGCUGUUUCUGGAUGAACCCACCACAGGCCUGGAUUCCAACACUGCCAACUGCAUCAUCACUCUGCUGCACAAGCUGUCCAGGAGUGGUAAGACUGUGAUCUUCUCCAUCCACCAGCCACGCUUCUCCAUCUUCAGGCAGUUUGACCACUUGAGUCUGAUGCAUAAAGGGGAGGUGGUGUAUGCAGGAGCAACGGAUCACGCACUGGACUACUUCACAGACCUUGGUUAUCAAAUUGAGUCCUUCAACAAUCCUGCUGAUUUCUUCAUGGACAUCACAAAUGGAGAGGCAGUCUCCACAUUACAGUCACUCACUGCAGAUGAUAGUAAAAACACAUUGGCAGGAAAAUAUCGCCAGUCCCAACUCUGCCAGACAGUUCUUCAGGAACUGGAGCGCGUAAAUCAGAGCAUGGGUGACGGGGUCAAAGGUCAAGAUGAGAUUCCCAACUAUGUUACGUCUUUUCUCUAUCAGAUGCGUGUGGUGUGUGCCAGGACAGUCUUGAGCGGUCUGAGGAACCCUCAGGUCACUUAUGGCCAGUUUGCCCUAAACAUCUUUUUUGCGCUUCUGGUGGGACUCAUUUAUUACCAAAUGCCUCUGACGCUGCCUGAGGCUCUACAGAACAGGAGUGGAGCGUUCUUCUUCCUUAUCAUCAACAUGGUGUUUGGGAACCUCUCCGCUGUCGAGAUCUUUAUCAACGAGAGGAGGAUCUUCAUUCACGAGAACUCCAGUGGCUAUUAUCGUACAUCUGUCUACUUCCUGUCUAAGCUCUUUGCUGAUCUUCUUCCCAACCGCAUCAUCCCCAUCUUUGCGUUUGCAGCCAUCGCCUACUAUAUGAUGGGUUUGAAACCUGCCUUUGUUGCCUUCCUGUGUUUUGCUCUGACCAUGUCUCUGGUCAGCCUGGCCGGAGUCAGCCUGGCUUUCCUCAUCUCAGCAAGUGUUUCCUCCUUAGCCGUGGCUAACAUCCUGAUUGCUCUACCCUUUAUCUUCAUGAUGGUUUUCGGUGGUUUCCUUGUCAAUCUUAAUGCCAUGCUGAGCUGGCUGUCGUGGCUGAAAUGGAUGAGUAUCUUCAAUUACGGAUUGAAUGCUGCGUUCAUCAUCGAAUUGGAAGGACAGGUGUUCUACAACAACCAAACGAUGAUCCCAGGGGAGGUGUUCCUGAAAAGCCAGGGCAUCGACUACUCUGUGUGGGGCUUCUGGCAGAACCAGGUGGCUCUGCUGGGAAUCAUCACUGUCUGCAUGUUCCUGUCCUACGUGCAGCUGAGACGCAUCAACCGCUGGAAAUGAACCAACGUCCAACUGGUUAAAUGUAUCCGUCAACCAUGCACUAUGUCUUUUUCCUAUUUAUUUAGCUGGUGGGGAAGUUAGAAAGCUUUUUGGUUUAUGUGUGAUCAUUUAAAGUAUUAUUACAAAUCAUAUCUGUUGAACAUUACACAUAAUACUGUGUGUAUGUGUGUGUGUGUGUGUGUGUGUCACGUUCUCAAACAUAAACAAACACACGUGCUGUAAAAUCUGACCUCCAGGUAGAUAAGCUGCAGAUAAGCACUCCUGGCCCGUCCACGAGGGGAAAUGUCAAAGUCGAGCUCUUACAAAGCUUCUUAUAACAUCUGAGACAUAUGAGCUACAGUCAAGAAAACAGUCAAACGCUUUAAAGGGAAAUGUUUAUUAAAAAAACAUUUCCCCCCACUUCUCCAUAUGAAGAAUAAUAAAUAUAAUAUAAAAUCAUCUAUUAAAGCCAGUAAAUGAUUUGUCGUUGUAUAAUAAACAUUUUUACAAGCAUUACUGUAUUAUCACAAAGUGAAGAAGAACAGAUUCUUUGACAGCUGACUUUAGAAGAAUGAAAAAAUGUAGAUGCAGAUUUGAAAAUAAUUAAAAUCCACUUCUCAGUUUCCUACAUGAUUGACAUUAGAUUUAUUAAUUCUUCCUUUUCCACGCUGUCUGUCAGGAUCAUAUAUUAUAUGUAUCAUCUCCCACCUCGCCAUUGAAGCUGCAUGGUGUUUACACUUGGUGACAUCUUCAAACUCACAACUUUCAAAUCUCCACCAAGGAGGAUUAUCUCCACCUAUCUGUGUUAAGUUUAAUUGUUUGCAGGAUGAAUCCAAAGGUAGUGAACUGACAAACUAAGUGGAGGGGUGAGGCUUCGGCCUGAGAUGAACCCAUUAAAGUUUGGUGCAGAUGCUUAUUAAUGGGUGAAUCCAGGAAGGUAUUAUUAGUCAGGCUAUUCUCAUCAAAAUGUUGGCAUUAUUUGCUUUAUGAAAAACUAGAGUAACAUACACUUUAUUUGGAUCUGCACCAAAUUCCACAUACUCAUAGAUUUCAGAGUCCUAAACCUAAAACACUUCCUUGAUCUGUCCCCUGAUCCAGAUCUAAAUCUGAUAAUUGGAAAUUGAUUGAGAUGUUUUUGCGUAAAUCUUCAAACUAACAAAGAAACAACUGAGGACAAUUCAAAUUAAUUGGUAGAAGAAAUAAGUCUGAAUAAACGUUUACUUGAACAAGACAAUCAUUUGUAUGAUUGUUUAGCUUUGGCUGAGGUUUAUGCACUCAACUACUUAUAUCUGCAUCAUUCUAGAAGUAUUCUAGAUAUCACAGUUUUCCAGGUUUCCAUUUAAAGAGACAUAAAGCAGUUGAGAUCUUCAGGUUCAUUGAUGUGUUGUGUCUCCAUCACAUUAUCAACAGAGUCAGUUUUCAGUGCUGGUGAAUUACUUGUCGUCCCAAUAUAAAGAAUCUGCCUCCACUUGGAUACAGAUUUAAAAGUGAAAC